UGCUCAGACCAGACUGGACUUGAAUUCCCAGAUCGGACCUUUGUCUUUUCAUCUUUUCGUCUUUUUCAUCUUUUCCUCUGACAUUCCAUCCUCGUGUCCAUCCAAAUGUCCGCAGGCGACCCUCAGAAAAGAGGAAGUCAAGUGAUAACCAUGUGGAUCCCGACCCCCAGUAUGAGCCUGUUCCAGCGCCUGGUUCUGUACGGGACCUGCGUCAUGGUUCUGCUCAACUCCAUGGGCCUCCUGGUUCUCCUGGUCCAGCAGAACCAGCAGCGAGCCUGGCUGGAACAGACGGAGACCAGGCUGACGGAGGUGGAACAGAGCUCGGUGGUGGAGUUCCUCCAGGAGGUGCCCCAAGGAGGAAUGGCCCAUCUGAAGAACCGGGACCGGAACCAGGACCAGUACUCCAGGAACAAGAGGAGUGAUCAGCAGGAAAAGGAGCUUCAGCAGGAGGUCCAGGAGCAGGAGGUGAGCCAGGAGGUGGGAGACGAGGCGGAGAACAAGCGGAGAACCCAACAGAAGCAGAAACAGCAGCGCAGCUUCCACAAGACGCACGUUCACGACGACAUGAUGACGAUGAUGACCUACUCCAUGGUACCGAUCAAACUUCUGGUCGACAUCUGUAACAGCAGCAGAGGCGUCUGCAUCUCCGGACCACCUGGACCGCCUGGCCCACCUGGACCCCCUGGACCACCUGGCCCACUGGGUCAGCCCGGAGCAGACGGUCCACCAGGACACAAUGGGACUGAUGGAAGCCCUGGACUGAAUGGACCGCCUGGACCACCUGGGGCUGAUGGGAAAAGAGGAAAGAAAGGACCACCAGGUGAGAAAGGAGAACCAGGUGUCAGAGGAGAACCAGGUGUCCCUGGUCCACCUGGAGACCCAGGUCAACCAUCCAACGACGUCAUGGUUGAAGGACCACCUGGACCACCAGGACCACCGGGUCCAGAGGGCCCCCCAGGACCUCCAGGCCCUCAGGGUCCCCCCAGAAUAAGGCACCACAGAGCCCAUCUGCAGGCUGCUGGUCCAUUCCACGCUGUUCCAAAUGAUGACACAUUAUCUGCAAAGACACUUCUGAAAGUCCAGGAGAAGCCAGUGAAGAAGAGCGAGUGUCUGAUUAAGUCUCUGAUCAAUCCCCGGAAUGUGUCCAAGAUGGAGAGUACGUUCGGAACGUGGAUGAAGGACACGGCUCGGUUGAACGAGGAGCGGAUCUGGGUGGCGGAGCACUUCUCUGGUCGUGUGGUCAAACAGUAUAAGAGCCUGGCCUCCCUCCAGCUGAAUGUCAGUGAACCCGUCGAUGUUCGGAGGUUCUACCAGGGCUGCGGUCAGACCGUCCACAACGGGUCCUUCUACUACCACAUCGCCGGCACCUCCAGCAUCGGCAGGUUGGACUUGGACACUCAGCGUCUCCACACUCUUCCUGUGGACAACGCUCUCUUCCAUAACCUGGCCUACCUGCUCCACAACUCCAAGACCUAUUUCAAACUGGCGGCCGACGAGAACGGCCUGUGGUUGAUCUUUGCGUCCAGCGUGGAUGACAGCAUUGUGGUGGCGCAGUUGGACCAGAUGACCUUCUCCAUCUCCGCCCUCAUCAACACCACCUACCCCCGGACCAAGGCGGGGAACGCCUUCAUCGCCUGCGGUGUCCUGUACGUCACCGACACUAAAGACGCCAGGGUGUCGUUCGCUUUUGACCUGCUGAAGAGUAAACCGGUCAACGUGACCUUUGACCUGAGGCCUCCGGGGGGGGUCCUGUCCAUGUUGUCCUACAGCCCCAGAGACAGACACCUGUACGUGUGGGACCAGGGCUACGUCCGCCUCUACGUGGUCCACUUCAUCUCAGAUGAGUGAGUUCAUGACAGGCACUGGUUUAAACCACAGGAUUUUUUUAAAGAGGGGUCACAUGAGGUACUAAUGGUUUCCAUGGUUACCACUUACCUGGGGUACGUACAGUAUGUGGGUAGAGAACGUCCCAUUCCAGGUGGAAACACUGACAGCAGUCCCAGGUCUGGUCACAUGACAUGUCGUAAGGCUCCGUUCAAACUGUAGGUAAAUGAGUCCAUAUGUGACCUGGAUCUGAUCUGAUCCAGACCACUUCCAUAUGUGACCUGGAUCUGAUCUGAUCCAGACUGAAUGUCCAUAUAUGAGCACAGUACUGUGGAUACAAGGGGGGGGAUACUACAUAUAUGAACACAGGACUGUGGACACAAGAGGACAAGGACUUCAUGGAACAGUGUCCAUGACUGGAUCUGGGACAACAUGUCCUUACUGCUGAUUGGAACAGGACAAAUGAGGACAUCUGAUUGGCUCUGUGGAAAUAGAAACGCCCAUAUUUCCUACCUCAGUACUGCGGACGUAGACACUGGUUUAAAACAUAUUUAAAGCUGCAGGAACCGAACACACAGAACCAUGGCUCCUGUCGGCCCAAAUCAAGACCAAAUAUAAAUAUAUAAGUUUUGUCAUUUC